GUUAAGUGACGUUACUGCAAGAGGUUCUCUCUGGUGGAUGAUUCUUUUUUUUGUUGUUAAAGUUUCGUUUCUGUUUCGUUAUUUUUCCGUUGUUGUUAUUAUUAUUGUGUGUGUGCUUUUUUUGAACUUCUUCGAAACACAACAGAAAAAGUAAAGAUUUUUUCCUUUCGAGUUCGUUCCGCUUGAUUUUGUUUAUUUCUAGUGCAUGAUUGAUUAAUUUUUUUUUCUUCUUUCUGCAUCGAACAAUAAUUCAUAUGUACAUUUGAAACGAAAACGUCAUUUUGCUACUUGGCGCAAUUUGUUCUUCCAUUUCGCCUUGUUUCAAUUAGUUUUGACACUGAACGAUCAAUUCGAACGUGAUUUUAUUUUGUUCUUGUCUGCGUUCAUUCUUUUCUUUUAUCGUUCUUCUGGUGUAUUACUACUGUUUGUAACAUAUGUGAAAACAACUAUAUCGAUUCGCUGCUACGCGCCUUCAUUGCUCGAUUUGAUUGAUAUUAAUUUUUCGUCGAGUUUGUAUUGAAUCGCUGUGUGUUUAAUUAAUUUGAGUGCGCAUCUUGAGGUUGUUUACUUUGACACGCGAAAUAUAUAUAUCUAUAUACGUUUUUUUUUUUCGUUUGUUCGUUCGUUUGAGUUAAGUGGCUGACAACAAUAGCAGUAACAAUGGCGACGGGCUACACGCAGUGACAGAGAUAAGAGAAAAAAAAAAAGAAAUCAGUGUCGAUUUUUAUCGUACAUCAGUUGUCAAAUGUUUAGAAAUUAGCGAUAAAUUGGUGACUGAAAUUCGCUUUAGUGAUUCGACCAAUUUAGGGCAGAGCAAACACACUUUGUUGCUUUUUAUGUUAAGUUUCGCAAGAUUAAUCGGUUAAUCGGCUAUUGAUCAAUUGUUUCGGCGAGUUCAAAUUCUCAGUGGAAAAAAAAAUCCAGCAAACGACGAAAAGAAGAAGAUAAUUUUAUUUUUCGACCGACAAACAUGAUUUGAAACUUAAAAAAUGGUCAUUGAUUUUGUGCAUGUGGUGAUUUGUAUACUACUUGAGUAUAUUGAUUUUGAAGUGAAAAACGUCAUACAAAACUCAUAUCUAGAAAACCACAUCCGGUCAUUUGAGCCGAACUAGUCACAUAGAAAGACGGAGAGAGCGCAAGAGAACGAGCGAGCGAGAGCAGAGUGUAUUUCAAUCAAAAUAGCGCAGUUGAACUGUGUUUACGCAACUUUAUGCAAAUAAAAAGACGAUGUUCGGAGAUCAAAAGCCACAGCGCACAAAAGGCGGAGUGUGUUCUUGAUAAAAAAAGAAACAACAACAACAACAACAACAGCAGCAGCAACACAGAAACGAUUUACGAAUAAACACAAAUUCAGAAUAAGAACAAAAGUCACGACGACGACAAAAAAGAUCAUUUAAAAUUUGACCUUAAGUCAAAAGUGACGAGCAAUGACUUUUGAAUUCAGCGAGAUUGUGUGUUGUGUGUGUAUGUGUUUGUAAGUGUGAAACAACGGAGAUCAUUCGCUCGUGAAGGAAACUGAACUCUGGUGCAGAGACGGGGAGGCUAUGAGAACACAGUGCGAUAAAUACUAAUUUUGCGAUCAUAAUUGAUAUUCACAAUAAAGCCAAAGUGCCAAAGCACUGCGAAUAAUUCACAUUAUUAUUAUUUUUUUUUUUUGAUGAGACUUGCAUAAAUCAUUUUGCAUUCAAAGUUUAUUAUUUUCUGUUCGUUCGGUUCAUCAUUGUUGUUGUCGUCGGAGUUGGAGAAGAAGCGAAAGAAAAAGAAAGAAACAAGACCGUAUAGAAACGUUUGAUGUGCGUACGGUGCUGAUUUAUCGUAAAUGUUUUGCUUGAUUGUGUGAGAUAUGAACAUUAGCAAAAACUUCUCGGUGCAGUGUACACUAUAUCCACGUGUCGUUGUUACAUACUGAGCGAACAUGAAAGGAAAGACAUUUUGUUAAAAAUAAAUUGCUAAAGUGUGUGAGUUCAGUUCGUUGCUGGUAUUUACUUUUUUUUUGUUGUUGCUCUCUCGUCUUCUGUCGUUACUUGAACCAUUUUAUUCGUUCAAAAGUCAGCGCAAAAGAACGUUGAGCGCAUGAUACGAACUUGCAAACGCGCUUUGAUUGUGCUGACUCGGUGUAUGUGGUUGAGUGUGUGAUGUGUAUAUAUAUUUGUCGCGCCGUAUUAUACUUGAUCGGGUGAAGUGAAUUGACCCCGUUAACCCUUCGAUGACCUUACCUAUUUUCAUACUGAAAUCAACAGUGUGAAGAAUCAACAAGAGCGACAAAAUCGAAGCGAAAUAGAACUGACAGAGUGGGAGAGAGAGAGAGAGAGAGAGAGAGAGAGAGAGAGAGAGAGAGAGAGAAAGAAUUGUGAACAGAGAAUGAGACAGACAGAAUAAAAAAGAGUAUAAACUAUCGGACUCGUUUGAACUAUGUGAACUCUAACAUUAAAUUCAAGCAUUUAGAGAAUAUAUACAGGCAGCCUAAUGAAAUAAAUAGCGAAAACCCACAAUAACAUCGAAGCACAGCGACGACAACAGCAACAGUAACAGCAGAAGCAGCACCAAAACAAUAUUCGAAUACUUAAAAUAGAACGGUGUCGUUUGAAACGUCGAUAGUUUGUAUGAACUGUUGAUAUUUGUUCCACAUUUACUGAAGCUUAGAGUCAAGCCAACGAGUCACACAGAGCCAAGUCAGUCAGCCAGUCAGCCAGUCAGUUAGUCCAUCAUAGGCAGCGAAAAUUACACAUAAACGACCGAUUUCGGUUUUGUGUAACUAUGUGAAGAAUGCACAAGGUGAUACUCCGUCCAAUGAUGACGCAUCAACAUUCGUAAGAAGUUUAACAUCAUCAACAUCGUUACACCACCAUUCGUCCAGUCUAUCAAAGCAAUUGAAAACGGCAUCGCUAGCGGCCUCAUUGAACGCCAUUGCUGCCGCUACAGCAUCAGCAGCCAAUUCACAAGCACAAAAAUUCAAGGGCAAACGGAAAUCAAUCAUAAGCGCCGCCACAAAUGCCAGCAACACGACGAUUUCAAAUGCAGUGGAUAAAAUGUUAAGUGAUCGCUUAAAUCUAGCCGAUAACAAAAAAUUUUGUGAUAUGAGCAAUCGCACGUCGAGCCCGAUUCCUAGCAAUAAUUUGACUGAAAAUAGCAACGGUAAUAGCGAGGAGGCAACCGAUUUGUCUGACACUAAGACAACGAUAUCAGUAGCAAGUGCAAUGGAUUAUUUUAAAACGACGCCAAACAACGGUGACACAUACAGUAGUACAACAAUCAAUAACAAUAAGUUGAUCACCAACAAUAACGCAAACAUUAAGAACGAACGAUUUAGCCCUCCACAACAAAUGCAAUCGCAAAGUGCGGCACAAUCAAAUGGAGGCAACACCGAUGCACAUUCAUCGAAUUCACGGUCAAGAAGUGUAACACCUUCUUCACAUCCCGGUACACCGCCACAACAUCAGCCCAACGAUUUGCUCACCGGAUCCAAUUUUUCAACAAGUCUGGCAAACACUUUAACAUCUGGUCAAAUAAAACCUGAAUUUGCAACGGCUCGAACGUAUUCAGAUCAACUACGGAACUUUGCAGCUAAAUACAACGCACUAAAUGAAUCAAACAAUGUUCGUAAUUCAUUAUUUGACUCCAGAUUCAAUAUGAGCUCAAUGAAAACGGGAAUAACCAAAGACAUGACAUCACCAGAAAAUUUGAAACGAACAACCACAUCAGUCCCAUCGCCCAUAUCGAACACCGCAAACAAUUUGAUAUCAACAUUAUUUUCAACAUUUCCGCCAACUGCAUUUCCGUCAUUGAUCGAUAUGAGAGGUUCACAGCUUCUGCUAUCUUUGGCUCAGGCGGCAAAAGACAGUGAAAUCAAGCAGCACAUCUUGAAUGGGCCGCAAAAGCGACUGAUAAAACGGCAAACACCACCAAUACAUACGAAUCCGUUGCGUUCACAGCAAUCACCUCCAUCAAAUGCGAACACAUCUCCACAAAGUCGUAUUCCAUUGCCAGCAAACAUACCAAACACAUUUCAACUGUUGUCACUGCAGCAGAAAGCGAAUUCAUUGCUGAACAAUCAACCAUUCAUGGCAUCGGCAUCAGCCGUCGCCGCAGCAGCGGCACCACCACCACCAUCAAUCAGUCAAACGUUGGCAACGGCCACAAAUAGCAAUCGAACAAGAGCAUUGUCACCGUUAGAUUUGAGCAGUGCAUCCACACCGAUCGGUGGAAAGCGUAUGAAAUUGGAAUCGUCAAGCCCAAGCCGAAGGACAUCGUCACCAUCACCAACGACCGUUCAACAUCCGAAAACGAGUUGUGGCAGCAGCAGUGAACAUUCAGCAUCGGAUACGUCACCGUUGCAACAUCUACGCCGAUGUCAUGCACAAACGGACGAAAUCAAUUCGUGGUCCGUGGCAGAUGUGUGUUCGUUUGUGGGCAGCAUUGACAUUUGCGCCGAAUACGUAGAGAAUUUUCGUGAGCAAUGUAUCGAUGGUUCGGGACUGCCGUUGCUAACGGAAGACCAUUUAAUGCAUUCACUCAACAUGAAAUUGGGACCUGCAUUAAAAUUACGAUCGGUUUUAUUGAAAAAACUCGGCGGGCCAUGCCCAUGUGUUUCAUGCAACUGCCCAAUCAACAAUCCAUUGAACAAUUCCAAUUUGACGACUGUCAAUUCAGCGCCGAGCCCGCUCAACAGUGGCCGACCGUCAAGCACUGGUUCUGGUACUUAAUGAAAGGAAUGGAAGGAAUAUAAUCCAAACGGAAUACACAGACAUAAGCAACGAUUAUUUUCUUUAGAUAAUACAGUUCGAGUCAAGCAUGAAUUCAAGUUUAAACAGAUAAAAGAAAACAAGUAAAAAUAAAAAAGAAAUACAUUGUAAGUUUAUCGAAAAGUCAAAAUCCUAAGGAUAUAAAUAUAUAAACUAUGAAAAGAAAAAGCGUAGAAACAGAUUUCUCCUGCAAUAUUUAUAUAUAUAAAUGUGAAUUUAUUUAAUUUAGAUAGAACAGCAUAUCAGCUAUAUAUUAUUUUAUGUAGGCAUUAAAUGAUUAAUGACAAUUCGCUUUUAGACAUCUCUUAGCUCGUUUUUAAAACGUUUCAUUUAGGUGCAAAAAGACAAUAAACGAAAUUUAGAAUGAAACUAGUAGUAGUUUAACUAUUAAAUAAAUCAAUAUAUAAAGAAAGAAUAGGAUGAAUAAAAAAAACACAUAGAAGCUAUCGCAAGAGUUAUUAUAUAUAUGCAUCGAGUGCACCCUAAAGGCAGACUGAUUUAUUUUUUAAAUUUCAAUAAUUAUUGCAUCAAAUAUGUGCUAAAAUGCUGAAAACAACACAUGUCUCUUGUUUGAUAUGGCAAAAGCCAAAAAUUUGAGUCGAUUGAUGAAAGUCAUGCUGAACUCGUUCCUACACUUGAUAGGUAUGAAAGGAAAACCUCCAACAGUUUAAUGAAUGGUGAUUUUUAUUGUAUCACUUGAGUUAGCAAUUCAUUUAUUCAUCUAAUUAAUUGUAAUUGCUUUUGCUUGCGGCCUUUCAUGAGUCCACUGCGGCACACAAAGUCGAAAAAACUUUCAAUAUAAUCACUUGCCAGUGGGACUAAUUGACUUUUUAUGUUCGCAAACGUCUAGAAAUACGAAUGUAUUUAUUCAAAUGACAUUACUUUGUUUGCACAGAUUACAUGAAAUUAAGCGAUGCAAAUGUACACAUAAUUGCUUGCUACAAAGACACUGAUGCAACAAUGAUACGAUGGAUAUUGACCAUCAACUCUGUCCAGAUGUUAUGUUUUUGGAUUUCAUUCGCUUUGCUUUGAAUUUAUAAAAUAACUUCAAGAUUGAUUCAGUGCUGCUGAAACAAGCAUUCGCACAUCAGGAACAAGCAAUAUGGUCUUUGCACAUCAAACGAGAGUAUGAAACACGCGCUAUAAUUCCCAUUUUGAAAUGUGAGCACAGCACAAGUCGACAAAUUCCUCAUAGAUGCACAAAACGUACUUAAUCGAGUUAGGCAUAAUGACACACACACACACACUUAAUCGCAAGAAGUAAUUUAAUCAUUUUCAACAAAGAAUGCAACGAUUUUUGAUUUGUUCGAAACAGACACACAUUUCCCAACUCAUAAACCUUUUUUAUCGCCAAAAUUGACAAGAAAAUCAACCCGUUGAAGGAAACGUAGACAUUUUUUUAUUGUUUUCUUCUCAACCGCUUUAAUGACGACAAUAACCAUUAGAAUCAUUAAUUGAUAAUAUAACCGAUGUACUUACCCAAUCGAAUUGCAAUUGAUGAUGGGACACACGAAAGGGAGCAUCUGUUUUAUGAAAUUUUUAUUUCUUUUUUUUCAUUGCCUAAGAGACACACACAAUUUAUAUUAUCAAAAAUGGAAACAAUAUUAAAACGCAAAACUAUGCAGAAUAUUUAUUUAAUUUCUGAUAAACAUGUUGAUCAGUAUUUUUUUGAAUAAAACACAAUAUGAAUAACAGUCAAAAA